AUGGCUUCAGCCGGAGCGGGGCCCUUCCCUUUCUUCCAGUUCCGGCCUCGGCUCGAGAGCGUGGACUGGAGGCGGCUCAGCGCGAUCGACGUGGACAAGGUCGCGGGUGAAUUGGACUUCAUCACCCUGCAGGAGAACAUCAUGAACAUCACCUUCUGCAAGCUGGAGGAUGAGAAAUGCCAUCACUGCCAAACCGGUGUGGACCCGGUGCUGCUGAAGCUCGUCCGCUUGGCUCAAUUCACCAUCGAGUACCUGCUGCACUCGCAGGAGUUUCUCACUGCCCAGCUGCAAGCCUUGGAGGAGAGGCUACGCCUGGCCCUAGCAGAAGGGGAGCAGAGCAAGAAGUUGCUGGCGAAACAGACUGCGGAGAUGAAGGUGCUGAAGGACGAGUGCAAACGAAGAAAGAGGAUGAUCUCCACCCAGCAGAUGAUGAUUGAGGCAAAAGCCAGCUAUUACCAGUGUCAUUUUUGUGAGAAGGCUUUUAUGAAUCAUGCUUUUCUGCAAAGUCAUAUUCAACGACGCCACCCUGAAGAUUCUCACUUUGAGUUUAGGAAGAAGACACAGACUGACAAGUUGCAGAAUGAGAUUGACAUGCUGAAGGAACAGUUACAACUUACCAAAUCUCAAUUGGAGGCUGAGCAGCAGGCUCAUGUGAUGAGAUUUUCUAAGGAAUAUGAAAUCCAGAAAACAAAAGAGGAAGAAAUUCUAAAGUCUUUUGAUAGGUGGAAAGAGGAAGAAAAAGAGAAACUAGUUGAUGAAAUGGAGAAAGUAAAAGAGAUGUUUAUGAAGGAAUUUAAAGAAUUAACUUCCAAGAAUACAGCAUUAGAACAUCAAUUGUUAGAGAUACAGAAGUCCAAUUUGCAGAUAAAAUCCAACAUAGGUACUUUAAAAGAUGCUCAUGAGUCUAAAGAAGAUAGACCUCCAUAUCCACAGGAUUUCCAAAAUGUGAUACAACUUCUUGAUAAUCAGGAAAGUAAGUGGACUUCCAGAGUUCAAGCCCUUCACCAAGAACACAAAAAAGAAAAGAGCCGGCUCCUAUCACAUAUAGAGAAACUUCGAACAUCUAUGAUAGAAGAUCUGAAUUCAAGUAAUGUCUUUUAUAAAAAAAGGAUUGAAGAACUUGGGCAGCGACUCCAAGAACAGAAUGAAUUGAUUAUUACCCAGAGACAGCAGAUUAAAGAGUUUGCCAGCAAGCCAUUACAUACAAUCAAUGAGCAAAAUGGGAAACUUCCUUCAAGGCAGACUUCAGAACCUAAAUUACCUUUACCUGUACCAGCUAUACAAAUGAAUGUUUCAGCAUCAAAGAAUUUGGAUUCUAAAUCAAGUCAAACAAUAGUAGUGGAACAGGCAUCUUCGUGGCAUAUAUUGGAACCAAUAGAAGAACGUUCAGAGGAAGAAAAAGGUAGCAGUGGUGUCAAUCAAGGCUUGGGAGCAAAAGAAAAGGAGAAUGAGAAGAAAUUAACUAAUGACAAACUGCACUUGAUAAAAGCUUUGAAGAGCCAUCCUUCUCUCACUAAAGAGUUAAGAACGGUCUUAGAACAGACAUUGGUGGAGAAACUGGAAACCUUGGGAAUUAGCGCAGGUGUACGUGGUAUUCCCACCGAGCAGUUGAAUCGAGUGCUAUAUGCAAUUGAAACUGCAAGGCAAGAGAAGGGAAAGCAAGUGCCCAACAUGCAAGAAAUUAGAGACUUUUUGGAAUAUCAAGUCAGCUGCAAGAUUGAGGAAAGAACAUCAGCGAAUUCAAACAGACUUGGUGUCAACUCUUCUUUAAUUAUUUCAGAUAAGCCUAGCACGACCCUGUUGGAAAUGUCAUCUGGAGAGGUACCUAGAGUGACAAAAUCAUCUUCAAAAACUAAGCAUCUAGUCAGACAAAAACCUGUUCCUGCUGAGAGGAUACAUAUACCAAAAACCAAGAAAAAUAUUGUAGAUCAUUUUCCUAAAAAGACUUCAAGUGUUUCGACUCCUCCCUUUAGUUCUGAGGAUGAGUUAGAUGAGGAUGGCAUCAUGCAGUCCUUUGUAUCACCAGAAUUACUUCACAUACCAUCUGCAGAGAGCCUCCCUACUUUUGGAAAUGAUGCUGCCAAAAGUGACACUGAUUGGACUGAAGGAAGUGAAAUUGAAGAUAACGAAGUUCCUCCAAAGCCUGUAGAAGGUACCUGCAUUAAGUUGCUAACUGAAAAAGUUGAAAAGACGCCCUCAAAUCACAAAAAUGUGAAUAAUCCAGUUAGUGGAGUUAAUGUUACUGAGGCAUUUACCAAAAAAGAAGAAUUACAAGAAGAAUUAAAGUGUGCAGAUGUAGAUGAUGAUGACUGGGACAUAUCAUCCUUGGAGGAGGAAAAAUCUUUGAGAAAAAAUGCUGUCAAAAAGCCAAGUGGGACUGCACUUAUAAAAAUUGAAUCCAAUACCACUCACGUUACAAGUGCCUGGGGUGCAUAUGCACCCAAAGCUCCCAAAGCGGAAGGAGUUCAAGAAGCAGAUACAAGUACAUUAAAAAGCAGCUUAGUAACUGUGACAGACUGGAGUGACUCUUCUGAUAUAUAACUGCCAUCCCUUGUCAUAUGUGACUCCCAGGUGCCAAUACCUCUUUCAGUAAUCUGCCCACAUGGUUCUAACUCUCAUGCCUUAUUGUAUUUCUCACAGUAAAACAAGGAAGCUUAUUCAGAGAACAAAGGUAUAUUUAAUGGCAUCUAAGUAUUUAUUGAAAAACCAACUUCAAUAAGCCAACAGUAUUUUGAAGCAUAAAAGUGUUAAAAAAAUACAUUUGCUGCUUUAAAAAAAAACUUGUCAAUGCAUAAAACAUUUUUUCUUCAGAAUGGCACUUGAGUAUUAGUGUAUUUUUUUCAAAUAGUUUCUUAACUCUAUUUUUUAAACACCCUUUACUCUCAUAGGAUUUUUGUUGUUGU